UCGUCCUUAUCACAUAUUUCCUGAAAAAGACUAGUACUGCUUCACUAUUUCUUUAUUCAUUGCCAGGGCUAUACGCACACCUACCACUUAUCUUCACAAACCGAAGAGAUUAGCACACCUAUAUAUACGUAUAUACGUCAUCAAUGUACUAAAGGAAGGAUGCAAGCGAAGGAAAGUUAGAUUUCUGACCAAGGAGUAGCUAGUAAACAAUAAUCACCUGAUGCAGGCGGCCGUACAGCAACAACAGCUGGUCGAAAUAUUUUCUUUAUUUCCAACUUGCUUCCUUAUUAAACACCUACCUUUCGAUAGCAGCAUCAUUUGGACCUCUCGGCAGGUAUUGUUCGGGGGCCAUCCUUUCUUUGCAGAUCUCGUCGGCCGAGAGAGAGAGAGAGAGAGAGAGAGAGAGAGAGAGAGAGAGAGAGAGAGAGAGAGAGAGAGAGAGGUGAAUAUGGGGAGAGGGAAGAUCGCGAUCCAAAGGAUCGACAACAGGACCAACCGGCAGGUGACCUUCUCCAAGCGGCGCAGCGGGCUCAUGAAGAAGGCCCGGGAGCUCGCCAUCCUCUGCGAUGCGGAUGUCGGGCUCGUCGUCUUCUCCUGCGCCGGCCGCCUCUACGAGUUCAGCAGUUCCAGCAUGAAAACGGUAAUUGAACGAUACCAGGAGGCGAGAGAGGAGAAUAAUUGCCCGUUGCUAAAUCCAAUAUCUGAGGCAAAGUUUUGGCAGAUGGAGGUUGCAACUCUCAGGCAGCAAGUGCAGAACUUACAAAACAAUAAUCGUAAACUAAUGGGAGAGGAACUCUCUGGGUUGACAAUUAGAGACUUGCAGUUUCUCCAGAGCCAAAUUGAAAUGAGUUUGCAAUCCGUCAGAAAGAAAAAGGAACAGCUUUUAGCGGAAGAGAUCAUGCAACUCAACAAAAAGGGUAUCGUCCUUCAAAAGGAGAACGUUGAACUUACAAAGGAGGUCAGCAUUGCUCAUCAGCACAAAAUAGAGUUACAGAAGAAGCUUAGUGGCGAAAGCACAUCAGGUGACGGUGAUCAAGCAAGCGGAAGCUCUAAUAAAGUUCCUGGUAGAUCAACUGCACAUGAUGCAUCUGAACAUGUUAACCUUGCUUUGAGCAUAGAAAGAGAUGCAGAUGAAUGAGAACUAUGCACAAAGUCAACCACUGCAAAGGGAGAUGUCAUGAGUAAUAUAAUAAGGAGCCAUUCCAGAUGACAAAGCUUGAUCUUCACUGGAGCUUUUGUGUGAGAAACUUCAAUACCUAUAUUUUAUACUACUUUGGCUUACUAGGUUUAUUAAGUAAAACAAAACAGUACUAUGGACCACUUUAUUAGGUACUAUCAGUGGAAUUUUUUUGUUUAACACUUGGAUUACAAGAAAGGGGUAGAGGGUCACAUUAUCUGUAGUAUUAAAUAUCCAACUCAGGGUGGAUGGGUUUAAGUCGUAUAUAUCCUCCUUGAUUCA